AGAAAAACACUUUAUUGUAUAUGAUCAUUAUUACAGCAGAUAGUUGUUUGAAUAGAACUAAAAAAACGAGAAACAGAAAACUAUUACGAUUAGCAAGAUGAAUUUCUGGUCUGCUAUUCUUUUUGCGUUUGUCAUAGGUUUAGUGAACAAAUCUGCCGGCCUUAUGAUAGAAAAUCCACUCCAGAAAACCGUUCAAGAGCAAUUUGGUACGAUACCAAACUGCAGGGGAGAAAAAGAACAUGCUUUAGAUGAAAUAACUAAAGAAAUUUUUUCCAUUCGGCACAGUGUUUCCAACACAAUAAAGCAAUUAGCCACAGAAAGAGUUACAAAGGAAGAACUUUCUGCUUUAGUUACAAAUUAUUGCCACAGAAAUAAGGACAUGGAAUUCGAAUCGAAAUUACUUGUUGAAAGUGUGCAGAAUUGCUUUGGAAAUAGAUAUCGUCUGAGUAAAGAAAAAAAAUUGGAAGCUGAAAAGGCUUUUGUUGAUUCUGUUUGUGGAGCUGAGUAUGCUUCGCUUCACUGGAAUUAUUUUAAUGCUAGAUAUCCCAAACGAAUAGCAUAACUGAUUCCGCAAUCUUAAUUAUUUAUUUCCGAUAGCGAACGGUUCACUACCAUUUUAAAUUUUACUUUCUUUAUUAACCAUAUAUUUCAUAAAGGCGUCUUAUAUUUGUUCAAAAUGGAAAUACAUACUAGAAACUAACGAUCUAAUUUAUGAUUUGUUUCACUCCCCCGCUGUUUAAAAAUUCGAAACUUUGUAAGCAUAACCUCGCAAAGAUAUUAAAAUAUAAACCCUUUAA